UUUUUAUGUAGACUGUUGACAAAAAUCAACAUUUGUGCAUGUGAAUUAUUUUUUUUUUUAUAGGAUUUUAUUUGUUUGUUGAGACUUGACAACUUUCAACAAAGGAAAGUUCCUGGACAAAAUUGAUGUUUCGGUGUACUAUCCAAGUGGAAAGAAGACUGCUCUUAUACAGAAUGAGACUCAUCAGAAAAUCUGCAAGGCAUUGAUUCGUGGCACAAAUGUUGAUAGUACCAUUGUGGAAACCAUGUGUUUGUCUAAUCCAAUGUGCAUUAUAACUGGAGCAGCAAAGAUUGUUAAAUCAGAGAGUGUGAACAUCUGCAAGCGGGGAUCUGGAUGUCCAUUACAGAAGAAAGACUAUGGGGACUUCUUCAACUUCAGCUGGGAUCACAUUCAGGAAUACCUCCAGAAGCAUUGCCCUGCUCUUCUGUCUAUUAUCACUGCUACAGUUUGUGAUUUGACACCUAGUGUUUCUAGUAAACCAUACCAGCAUAUAAUUCUCACAGCCUGUAUUGGAUUGCAUGGUAGAAGCCAAGAUAUGUCUUUGGUACAAUAUGUUGUUGGCUUCAUUCUAAAACAUGGUGGAUGUACGGAACGGGAUAUUGAAAGGUUGUCCAAGAUUGGACUGAGUGUACAUCCCACAACUCUCCACAGGAAGCUGGUGAACUGGCAGAAUAUUCUUGAUACCAAUAUCCUAAAGGCUAGGGAUUCCUGGGCAAAUGGUGGACAUUCUACUUAUCAGAUCAUCGGGGAUAAUUGGGACAAGGAUAUAUUGCCUUCCUACAGGACAUCUGACAGAAAAACAAUAUCACUGCAUUUAUUCAAUAUGUAUGCAAUUCUUGACAGAGUGGUGUUUGCCCCUGAAAACCAUGAUAGCCAGACUGAUAACAUUGAACCUUCAAAGUUUAUUCCAUCGGUGGCUGAGCAAAGGCAACUUAUGAAGGAGUUGUGCUUUCUUAUCUCAACAUCCAUUAUAGAAAAUCAUCCCCAAAUGAAUGAUCUUCUCGUAAAAGUGUACCCAAAACACUUGGAACAUACAUAUUCAAGAUAUGCAGGGGAGAAAACUUCACAGUAUCCUUUAGGACUACGGGACUGUAACGAAAACAAGACACAAGAUGUGAUUCAUCUUUUGAAGGAUUUGUCAAAGUUAUACGUCCCUUGCAAAGAUGACACAAUUGUAGAAGCAGUGUUUUUUGGAGGAGAUCGCUUGACAGAUGAAAGAGUACAAUCAGCACAGGAAGCAAUGAAGAAUGCUGAUACUCCAUUGGAGAGAUUAGAGGGGUUCAUAUCAAAAAUAGAAGACUUCCAUCGCAUGAUGAACUUCUUAGAGGCAAUUCAUAAACUGACUUACAAUUCCCAAAGCGGCUUAGACAGAUGUACUGCUUACUACUUCCGUAAUCUUUUAAACUUGAGAAAUGUCAAGGGGAAAGUGUGCAAUUCAUUUCGAGCAUACAAGAUGUUAUAUUAUGUUAUUUUGGAUGCAAUCUGUUUAGUAAUGUUCCUAGCAAUAAUGAAUUCUGAAAGUGUUGAUGAAGAAAUUCAGAUUCCAGAAGAUUUUGACGACAAGACAGAUGUAGAGAAGACUGAAUGGAUAGAAGGUAUAAGUAGUCAGAUAUUGAAGAAAUGGUUUUUUGAAGAGUCAGAUGAUAUUUGUGAAAAUUUAAGGGAGAUAAUUUCAAAUCCAGAUCAUCCCGAUAAUUACUGGAUCUCAAAUCUGUAAGAGGAUGGUC